AUGCAUAGCAGAAGUUGCACUUUGCUGUCCUUUGUGAUGGAGCUGCUGAAGAACUCUGUGGCUAUGCAAGAGCAGGUCCUGGCCUGCAAGGGCUUCCUGGUCAUCGGUUACACCCUGGAGAAGUCUUCCAAGGUGCAUGUGACUCGGUCCGUGCUGGACAUCGUGCUGGCCUUUGCCCGUUACCUCAGCAACCUGCAGAACGGCGUCCUGCUGCUCAAGCAGCUGUGUGACCACAUCCUGUUCAACCCUGCCAUCUGGAUCCAUGCCCCUGCCAAGGUGCAGUUGGUGUUGUACACCUACCUGUCCACCGAGUUCAUCAGCACGGUGACCAUCUACAACGCCAUCCGCAGGGUGGGCACGGUACUGCAGGUCAUGCACACGCUCAAGUACUACUAUUGGGUCGUCAACCCCCAGGACCGCAGCGGAGUCACGCCCAAGGGCCUCGACGGUCCGAGACCCAAUCAGAAGGAGAUCCACUCUCUCAGAGCCUUUCUGCUGCUGUUUGUGAAACAACUCAUAAUGAAGGAUUACGGAGUGAAGGAAGAUGAGCUUCAGAGUAUUCUCAACUACCUGCUCACCAUGCAUGAGGACGACAAUCUACUGGAUGUGCUUCAGCUGCUGGUGGCUCUGAUGUCGGAGCAUCACGGCUCCAUGGUGCAGGCCUUUGAUCAGCGCAACGGAGUACGGGCCAUUUACAAGCUACUGGCUUCCAACAGUGAAGGAAUCAGAGUUCAGGCACUCAAAGUCUUGGGCUACUUCCUCAAACACUUGCCCGCUAAGAGGAAGUCAGAGGUCAUGCUGGGUCACGGGCUCUUCUCCCUGCUCAACGAGCGACUGAUGCUCCACUCCAACCAGUUCAGCAUGACAACCUACAACGUGCUCUUCGAGAUCCUGACCGAGCAGAUCUGCACUCAAGUGAUCCAUAAACAGCAUGCGGACCCCGACUCCAAUGUGAAGAUUGUCAACCCGCAGGUCCUGAAGGUGAUCGCUGCCCUGCUGAAGAACUCUCCCCUCUCCCCAGAGAGCAUGGAGGUGCGCAGGGUCUUCCUGUCAGACAUGAUCAAACUGUUCAAUAACAGCAAAGAUAACAGGAGGAGCCUGCUGCAGUGCUCGGUGUGGCAGGAUUGGAUGCUCUCUCUGUGCUUCAUCAACCCCAAGAGCAGCGAGGAGCAAAAGGUCACUGAGAUGGUGUACGCCAUCUUCCGCAUCCUGCUCUACCACGCCAUCAAGUACGAGUGGGGCGGCUGGCGCGUGUGGGUGGACACCCUGUCCAUCACCCACUCCAAGGUGACCUUUGAGCAGCACAAGGAGAACCUGGCCCGUAUGUUCCGUCAGUACCAGAGACUGGGCUCCGAGGGCGAUGCAGCUGGUAUCCGGACCAUUUCCGGGGCCAGCCGAGACUCUGAGAUUCUGGGCCAGCUCCGGACCAACAGGGAUCAGGGGGAGGAGACUGCCCCCUCCACCGUGAUCGAGCUCACCAUUGACCCAGAGGGGGUCCCCCAGAACCAGGAGUCCCCCAACACUACCCCUCCCUCAGCAACCUCAGCAUCUGCUUCCACCCCCAGCCCUCCAGAGAGAGAAGGAGAUAGAAGUCAGAGGGGUCAAGCACCCAUAACUGUGUCCAACAUGCUGGCCAGAGCUGAAGAAGAGGAGGAGGAGGAACUACAGCAGGUCCAGAAUCAGAUCUCUGAGGAUCAGAGAGGAGGUGCUGGUGACAGAGCUGAAGCUACUCCACAGGAGACUGAAGCUAAACUUACUAGGGAUAAAGUCAGCAGUAAGACUGUUGAGGCCAUGGCUGAGACUGAGACAGCCACAGAUAAGACUGAUGAAGCUGCAGCAGCUAGCACAGCUGAAAUAGACGAAGCGACCAGGCCAGAAACUGAAGACGCAAAGGUGGCUAAGACCGAAACAAGCGACGAUGCUAAAACAUCUGAUACCGACAAAGUAGUAAGACCUCAAACGGAUGGAGAGAAGGGGUCAGAAACGCACAGCUGCAAAGCCUCCCACGUUCUUAUGUCUGAAGAUUCCCUGAACGAACCCAAGGAACCGGAACUGGCAAAGCAACCGGAGGAACAGGUCUCUGCUGCCAUCUCGGCCUGCCAGCAGGGCAGCGUGGCGGAGGGGUCAGCGGUCGGGGCAUCUGUCCAGUCAGUCAGUGACCAGGUCCGACCCAGCUCCACCGACGACAGCAUGGAGGAAUCCUCUUUUGUCUCCGCCGCUGGUGGAGAGGAGGAAGAAAAGGAGGAAGAGGAGGUGAAAACAGAGGAGGUUGUUGUUGAGGAGGAGAAGAUGGAAGAGGUUAAAGCAGAGGAGAUCAAGACAGAGGAUAAAACUGAAAAGGAGAAGGAAGAGAAGAGUGUUGCCAAGGUCACAAAGUCAGCAGUGGAAAGUCAAGCCACACCACCUGCUUCUGUACCUGAGGAGAGUCGGACACAACCCCCUAAAAUGGAGGAGAUUGACCUUGACCCGUCUGCACCAGGCACCGACCCCACCAGCACAGAGCCAGCACGGCAGCCUUUAGAGUCCACAAUAUCGCCCCCUACAGCCUUGGAGGCCAUACUACCACCAGCAGCAGUCGGGGCCACUGUUUCUAAAUCUGACACCUCACAGGCUGUAGCACCAGCAGAGGCCCCCAGCACCAAGGCGGUCCAGCCAGAAGCCCCACAGGCCUCAGGGGCCACAGAGGCCCCCAGCAGCAGGACUGAAACCUCUCCGAAAGUAGCCACUGCUACUGCUGUGGAGGCAGGGAAAGACAGUGCUGCAGAGGGCCCUGGCUCUGCCAGCAAGACCAAAGAGAUCCACAUUGCCAGGCUGGAUGUGUCCAGUGUGGCCUCAGACACAGAGAGACUGGCGCUAAAGGAGACCUCCACACCUGAAGUUCCUCAGGGCGACGCGGCUGCAGCCGGUGCCUCAGGAGGCCAGGCCAGCGAGAGCAGCUCCUCCGCUCGCUCCACCAUGUUCCGUAUUCCAGAGUUCCGUUGGUCUCACAUGCACCAGCGCCUGCUCACAGACCUGCUCUUCUCCAUCGAGACUGACGUGCAGAUGUGGAGGAGUCACUCCACUAAGACGGUGAUGGACUUUGUGAACAGCAGUGAGAAUGUGGUGUUUGUCCACAACACAGUGCACCUCAUCUCUCAGGUGGUGGACAACCUCAUCAUGUCCUGUGGAGGCAUCCUGCCCCUGCUUUCUGCUGCCACAUCCUCCUCACAUGAUCUGGAGAACAUUGAGCCGUCCCAGGGUCUGUCGGUGGAGGCCUCUGUCACCUUCCUGCAGCGCCUCAUCAACCUGGUGGAUGUUCUGAUCUUCGCCUCCUCCCUCAACUUCACUGAGAUCGAGGCUGAGAAGAACAUGUCCUCUGGCGGUAUCCUCAGACAGAGCCUCCGUCUGGUGUGUGCCAUGGCUGUGAGGAACUGUCUGGAAUGUCAGCAGCAGUCUCACUUCAAGCCCAGCCAGGACAGCGCCCGCGGCCAGCAAGCAGUGCACAGCCUCAUGGGAGCUUCCAAGUCCAUGCCCGCGCAGAGCCCUGUUGAUGUUGUGACAGGAGGGAUGUCUCCCAUCAGAGACAUGGACCGUCUGCUACAGGAAAUGGACAUCAACCGCCUCAGAGCCGUGGUCUUCAGAGAUAUCGACAGUAAGCAGGCUCAGUUCUUGGCCCUGGCUGUGGUUUACUUCAUCUCUGUUCUCAUGGUGUCCAAGUACCGAGACAUCCUGGAGCCCCAAAACGACAAGAAGCUCCCCCAGCGCAGCCAGUCUGCCAGGAGCGCAGACAGUAAUGCCGACCUGGAGAGCAGUGUGUCCCUCCGUCGCCGAGACUCUGGCAUCGGGGAUGACCAUAGCUCCGUGGCCCCCAGCGAGGCGGACACCACCGCCCAGGGGCCCGACGCCGUGUCCGAGGCCCUGUCCACCCUCUCCUCAGAGGUCAGGGGUCACAGAGACAACCCCACGGCGGACGCCAGGGGCGGGAAGAACGUGAAGGACAUCCUGCGCAGCCUGGUCUCGGCGCCUGCUGAUGACAUCAUGGUGGACCCCAGCCUUCUGCCGCCGGCCUUCCUGGGAGCUGCUAUGGGAAACAACCCCAACCAGUUCAGAUCCUUUGACAGAAGCGUUCGGGUGGCGCCCAAGAAGGUGGGCGGGGCUCCGUCCCCAGGCUCCUCCACUCCUGUCCCAUCAGCCACCUGCUGUGGGGCCGCCGGGACACCAGUCAACAACGUUGCCGUGGUUUCCACAGGCGAUGCCUCCCAGAGCACCACCGCUGAGGCUGCAGCCGGAUCAGCCAGCACCAACCUGCCAUCUGUCCCCACGUUGUCCCCAAUGACCCGGGACACAGCCCCCAGUAUGAGUAUCUCAGAGAGGCUGGAGCAUGCUCUGGAUAAGGCUGCCCCCCUACUGAGAGAGAUCUUUGUGGACUUUGCCCCCUUCCUCUCUCGCACCCUGCUGGGUAGUCACGGACAGGAGCUCCUCAUCGAGGGCACCAGUCUGGUGUGUAUGAAGUCCAGCAGUUCGGUGGUAGAGCUGGUCAUGCUGCUCUGUUCUCAGGCAUCUUUAAUGGCCGCUGAUAUUGGCCUUAAGGUCAAGGGUUCCCGACCUGUCCGUCCACCUUUGACCCUUAGCGUCGGCCCGGUGGCCCUCAGCGUUCCUCUGUGGCUGGGGCCAACCUGA